UGACUAACUAGCCGUAUAUGGCUUGGCGUAAUUUUCGGAGUUCCCACCAAUUUCUUGGUUCAACGAUACACGAAGAGGCAAACAUUCCCAUUCCCAGCACAGAAGAGUUCAUCCUCUGCUCGCCAGACGCGCCUCAAUGCACGACACAAGUUUAGUGUGUCACCUGCCACCAUACGGUACAUCCAUGUCUCUCAACGGACAUGACGAACCUCCAGGUGAAUGCGGGUGACCUCGCCUUUUGGUGCCGUGUAAAUCCUCUUCUCGCGGACUCUUGACCCGCUUCUUACGAUGGAACUUCUACUCCGUACGGACUCCACUUGGAAAACUCAACUCCCUGCCACUGUUUCCACCCCCCUCGGGCGACAAUUCUCCGGACCUCGUCAGGGUCAGUAAACCUUUCUUCGCGGAUCUAUGUAAACACACAUCGUACAUACUUAGCUUCCCAUCCUCCCCAGAUAUUGACCCUCGUUACCAUUUCAAACGCGGGGCCCCAGAACCAUGGCCUCCCUAACCAUGGUCCCCCUCGAAAAGCAUGACGAGGCCACUCACGGCCCAGAGCGAACCAACAGUACCGUUAUCAGGGGUGCAAAAGCUGCCACUGAUAAUGAGCGCAAGAUGACUUUGAUCCAGGGUGUUCGACUCUACCCCAAGGCUAUUGGCUGGAGCAUCCUAAUCAGUACCUGCAUUGCCAUGGAAGGCUUCGAUGUUAGUCUUUUACCCAAUUUCUACAACUUUCCACGCUUCAAGGAGCAGUUCGGCGAACAGCUCCCAGACGGAUCUUUUGAGAUUACCGCCCCAUGGCAAGCUGGCUUGCAGAACGGUUCUCAGGUCGGCCAGAUCCUCGGACUCUUCAUCAACGGCUGGGUUUCGGAAUGGAUUGGUUAUCGUUGGACGACCAUGGGUUCACUGCUCCUGGUCGCGGCCUUUACCGCCAUUUUGUUCACCGCCCAGGAUGUCCAGAUUUUGUUUGCGGGUUAUUUCUUGUCUGGAAUUCCAUGGGGUGUAUUCCAGACCCUGACCAUCACCUAUGCCUCCGAGGUCUGUCCAGUUGCAUUACGAGGCUAUCUUACCACUUAUGUCAAUUGUUGCUGGGGUAUCGGCCAACUCAUUGGGAUUGGUGCCAUCAAGGCUUGCCUCCCUAUCGAGUCUGAGUGGUCAUUUCGCAUUCCCUAUGCCCUUCAGUGGAUGUGGCCCCUCCCACUAGGCGUCGGUAUCUUCAUGGCCCCAGAAAGUCCGUGGUGGCUUGUACGAAAAGGCCGGGUAGCUGACGCAAAAGCCUCACUGCUUCGACUGACCAGCCUCAACAAGGAAACCGACUUCGAUGUGGAUGAAACAGUCGCCAUGAUUGCUCAUACUACCGCUCUCGAGCAAGAUUUGACAGGAGGAGCGAGCUAUUGGGACUGCUUCAAGGGCACCGAUUUACGUCGGACGGAGAUCGUGUGCUUGUGCUGGGCUAUCCAAAACUUGUCCGGGAACUCUUUCAGUGGCUAUUCUUCGUAUUUCCUGACUCAAGCCGGUCUUGAUCCAUCGACCUCGUACAGCUUUGCUCUUGGACAGUACAGCAUCAACAUCGUCGGAGUCUUUGGAGCGUGGCUCUUAAUGAGCUGGGGCAUUGGUCGCAGGACUCUGUUCUUGUAUGGACUCUGCGGUCUGUUCCUCAUGCUCAUGAUCAUGGGCUUUCUCGGUAUUCCUUCGGACCGCAAUGCCGCUGCCCUGGCAACUGGAAGCAUCAUGAUCAUCUGGGCAGCUGUGUACCAAUUGUCUGUUGGCACAGUCUGCUACUCAUUGGUCGCCGAGAUGUCGACUAGGAGAUUGCAGAUCAAGACUGUCGUCCUUGGACGCAACUUGUACAAUGUUGUGGGUAUCGUCUGCUCGGUCAUCACUCCGUUCAUGUUGAACCCCGGUGAAUGGAAUUGGGGUAACUAUGCUGGCUUCUUCUGGGCGGGAGCAUGCUUCCUUUGCAUUAUAUACACUUAUUUCCGGGUGCCAGAACCUGCCGGGCGCUCGUUCGCUGAACUAGACCUUCUUUUCGAACACAAGGUCAGCGCACGCAAAUUCGCAACCACCGACGUCGAUGUCUUUGGAGUUACCGUGCACGGUGAUGUUCUUGACCAAGCAGAAAAGAGGCUCACUCAAGCCCACGGUCUUGAAGACAAGACCACCACACCGGUCGACAAAGUCUAAGCGACUGGGGCCGCCCUGAUACAGCUUUGGUAUGCCACACGAUUCGAGUAUCAAGCUGUGCAGUCUCGUCUGCAUAGCGGAGUACCUGGUCUUCCAUUGGCGCUUACUCUUGGAGUACCAACAGCUGUGGGGUGUUGACACACAACGCCCCCAAGGCUCGAACUUUUCUGGAAUUUGUGAUCGUUGGAGAGAACAGACCACUGAUCUUGUGGUUGCCAGACUCGUGCCGAUGUGCAAAAUUUCUUCCUACGCAUCCUGAGGUGAUGCACUGGACAUGACAACAUUUCUUUAUCCCAUAUUUAGCCCACGCUAGUUCUAGGACGCGAGGUACGUAGUUCGCGUUGCAUUUCAAAGGUGUUGAUCUAUUGAAAGUGGGUCGGAGGCAAAGCGAAGCAUUGGAGAUCUUUGAUGAACACUAUACAUAAUCUAUAAUAUCAUAAACAGCGUACUGCUCCUUAGGCUGUUACAGACCCG